UAUUUAACGCAAGACAACCGAACCGAAUAUACAACAUAAACAGCGAGAGAAAAUUUAUUUUAGUUUUAAAACCGCAAAAUGGCCGAUCCGCAAGGAAAAAAUCGCUUGCAAGAGUUUAAAUACAAAGGCAAAGAUCAAGAUGAGAUGCGAAGACGGCGCAAUGAAGUGACAGUGGAAUUACGUAAAAAUAAGCGCGAAGAAACGAUUUUGAAGCGUCGUAACGUGCCCGACUCGACUGACGAAGAUGAUUCAGUAAAUUCAGUGAAUUUGGCCAAAUUAGUGGAGAAUGCUGGUGAUGGAAGCGAUCCAGACAAGCAAUUGGCAGCAGUGCAAGCGGCCCGAAAGCUAUUGUCAUCCGAUCGUAAUCCGCCCAUCGAUGAUUUGAUUACCAGUGGCAUUUUACCCAUUCUCGUCGAAUGUUUGAAGCACAAAGAAAACACAAUUCUUCAGUUUGAAGCGGCUUGGGCACUCACAAACAUUGCAUCGGGCACAUCGAUGCAAACGAAUCAAGUGGUUGCGGCUGGUGCAGUACCAUUGUUUCUCGAAUUACUCAGUUCACCAUCGCCGAGCGUGUGUGAGCAAGCAGUUUGGGCGCUGGGUAACAUUAUCGGUGAUGGUCCACAUUUGCGUGACUAUGUAAUCAAACAUGGUGUGGUGCAGCCACUAUUGUCGUUCAUCAAACCCGAUAUACCAAUUUCAUUUCUGCGCAAUGUCACAUGGGUUAUUGUGAAUUUGUGCCGAAAUAAGGAACCACCGCCACCCACAGAAACCAUACAAGACAUUUUGCCAGCGCUAAACCAUUUGAUCUAUCACACGGACGUCAAUAUUUUGGUCGAUACGGUAUGGGCAUUGAGCUAUUUAACCGAUGGUGGUAACGAACAAAUUCAAAUGGUCAUCGAAAGUGGUGUAGUACCGAAGCUAAUCCCAUUGAUUGCUCAUGUUGAGGUGAAAGUGCAAACGGCCGCAUUGCGUGCGGUUGGCAACAUAGUAACCGGUUCGGAUGAACAAACACAAGUAGUACUCAACUGCGAUGCGUUAUCCUAUUUCCCUGCAUUGCUCGGCCAUCCGAAGGAGAAAAUUCGAAAAGAGGCCGUCUGGUUUUUGUCCAAUAUCACGGCUGGUAAUCAGUCGCAGGUGCAAGCGGUCAUCGAUGCCGGUCUCCUGCCAAAAAUCAUAGACAACUUAAGUCACGGCGAAUUCCAAACGCAAAAAGAAGCCGCAUGGGCCAUUAGUAACCUAACAAUCAGCGGUAAUCGUGAACAAGUUGCACAACUGAUUAAAGACAACGCAAUACCACCUUUCUGUAAUUUAUUAACAUGUAAAGAUACACAAGUGAUUAAUGUUGUUCUUGACGGUAUCAACAACAUGCUAAAAAUGGCUGGCCCGCACGUAGUCCAAAUUGCAAAUAUGAUCGAAGAAUGUGAUGGAAUGACGAAAAUCGAAGAAUUGCAAAAUCACGAAAACGUUGAUAUUUACAAAUUAGCCUAUGACAUAAUAGAACAAUUCUUUUCCGACGAUGCGGACGAUGCAAAUUUGGCGCCAACAGCAGACGAAAACGCAUUUCAGUUCAAUCAAACGUCGGACAUACCAAACGAAGGAUUCAAGUUCUAAUACGGAAACGUUUACACAUUUACACAAACGGCAUUCAAAAUUUUCAUCGAUAUCGACAUCAACAACAAUAACAAGAAUAUACAAUAGAUUCGUCUGUUGUUGAACACACACAUACAUACAGAAAAUAAAAAAAAGAAAAACAACCGAAGAGGGAAACAGCCACUCACACAUAUAAUUAGCGACAUAAACAGUAUGCCGCGCAUUCAGAAGAAGAACAACCAACAGAUACACCAGACAUGAAAAGAAACGAAAAUGAAGAGAGAGAAAAAAAAAAUAAUAAUAGAAGAUAUAUGAAUAUGAAAGAAAAGAAAAAUCAACUCUUUUUAAAGCAAUUUAUCUUAACAUGUUAAUUUCCAAUUUCCUCCCCUCCCCCUCCGUUUUUAAUACACAGAUAGACUUUUCGAAACAAGAAUAAUGCGACUUUUCAAAGCUCUCCAAAACAAUGGAAUUCAUCCAAACUCUUUCUAUUUUAGCUAUUUAAAAUAAAUAGUGAGUGAAAUACGCGCGCGUACAUACGUGCUCUCAUCUCAUUGACCACACACACACACACACACGCCAAUCGCAAAAAGUAGGAACAGUUGAUGAAUACAAAACUAAAUAAAUAAAUAAAAAUCAAUCUUAAUCUCGCAAACAAUAGUUAAUUUUCAAUGAACAGAGAAUAAAAUAAACAAACAAACAAACCAAUAAACCAACCAGUUGUACAUCCAAACCAUCUCUAGAACAAUAGCAACAUAAAAUUGAAACUAAAACAUUGAAAAAGAUAAAUCGAAAAAACGAAAAUCUAUAAAACAAUAAAGGAAAUGAGUAUAUAUAUAUAUCUUUAUAUAGAAAUACAUAGAAAAUGUAAUUGAGUAAAAUUUAAAAAAAAAAUCAACUAAAUUAAUAAAAAAAAAACAAAGCAACAACAAACAAACAAACAGAACGAAAGACACACCAGUAAAAAACAACUAUUUGAACGAUUAUGAUGAGAUUUAUUAAACGCCUCGAAAAUAUAUCUAGAAUACAAUUUAUUUGGUUUUUCUCGGCAGCCUCACGUAACGCAAUGGCGCUGAUUUAGUACGGUCACGUAUUGCUUCAACUUCGAACUCCGGUAUUUGGGAUUCGUGGAAUUAAAAAGAAAAACGACAACAACAUCAAAAGAACAAUUCAAAAGAAACACGUUUAAGCUUGGAAAAUAAAAUGGAAAAUUUCUAAUUUCUCAGAAUAAA